UCACCCCCAAAUGGCUGCAUGAGCAUUGCCACGUUGGUCCUUCUCUUCGGUGCCAAGCUACGAACGACCCUCUCUCUCUCUCUCCCUCCCCUAAGGGCUUCUGAUUCUCUUCCAAUCUCUCACAGAGAGAGAAAAAGUUUUCUUUCUUUAUCAAUUAUGCUGGAUUCAACUUGAUUUUCUCACUUCACUCGUAUCUCAUAUUCGGAUCUUCUACGAUAUUGACAGUUUUGUCUUUCGAUCCGAUUCCAUCCGGAGCUGAACCUGGAAGAUUUCAAGCACCGAUCUUGUUAAUCAGAUGUAGGUGAAGAAAAAGAGAUUUAGAAUUACAGAUUCACGAGUUUAUGUUAAUUGAAAGCAAGAAAAGUUUUGAAAAUGAGCAAAUGGUGGAAAUCCGGAAAUUGGUUGUGGAUUUAAUGGUAUGCAACAGUAGCUUAAGGUCUGUGAUUCUUCAAGCUGGGUAUAUUGGGAGAUUCGCCAAGGGAAGGGUGCAAUUGUGCAACUUUGGAAGAGAUUUGAAUGCUUCUAGCGGCUUAACUUAUUCGUUGAAUCGUAAAUUUACAAAGACAGUAGAGAUGAUGGUAGAUACCGGUGCAACUGCCAACCGAGCACCCAUUGUUGAUAUGUUACCAGAGAAACAUGAUGAUGGUGGCUAUACUGGUGGAGGGUGGAAAAGUGAAGACGGAAAACUGAGCAGUGGAUAUUCAAGUUUUAGGGGAAAGAGAGCAAGCAUGGAGGAUUUCUUUGAUGUUAAAACUUGUGAGAUUGAUGGGAAAAGAGUCUGCAUGUUUGGAGUAUUUGAUGGUCAUGGUGGUUCUCGUGCGGCUGAGUUUUUGAAGCGACAUCUCUUUGAGAAUCUGAUGAAGCAUCCACAAUUUAUAACAAACACCAAAUUGGCUAUUAGUGAAACUUAUCAACAAACAGACAUGGAUUUUUUAGAGUCCGAAAAAAAUACUUUUCGUGAUGAUGGUUCUACUGCUUCAACAGCAGUUCUGGUUGGUAACCAUUUAUAUGUUGCGAAUGUUGGAGAUUCACGGACUGUAAUAUCAAAGGCUGGCAAAGCAAUUGCUCUUUCGGAGGAUCAUAAACCUAAUAGAAGUGAUGAGCGGAAGAGAAUUGAAAGUGCUGGAGGUGUUGUAACGUGGGCAGGCACUUGGAGAGUUGGAGGUGUCUUAGCAAUGUCUCGUGCUUUUGGUAACCGCAUGUUGAAGCAAUUUGUUGUGGCAGAACCUGAGAUCCAGGAUCAAGAGAUUUAUGAAGAAUUUGAAUUGCUUGUGCUUGCCAGUGAUGGGCUAUGGGAUGUGGUACCCAAUGAGGAUGCUGUCUCGCUUGCACGAACGGAAGAAGAGGCUGAGGCAGCAGCUCGGAAAUUAGCUGAGACUGCUUACACUCGUGGCAGCGCUGACAAUAUCACCUGCAUUGUGGUAAAGUUUCACCAUGACAAGGUGGAUCCAGCUGAUCCCCAACCAUGAUUAGAGAAAAUUAGCUGUCAUUUCACACAGAAUAUCAUAGAACAUUUGGGUACUGCAAGCUUGAAAUCUGCACAUGCAACGCCACUGCGUGCUCAGGGCAAUUUGUUUAUUCAUUGGUUUGUUUCUUUCUAGUUUUGCUUUGUAUUGGAUGAAAAUGGACCAGUAACUUUGUUAAUUCUUAGUGUUUCCUGCCGCUCUCUCCUUGCCGACUGUUUGUAUAGCUAUAAUCUUUCUUGAAAUGAUCUUACAAAGAUGUGGAAACUUCAUAUGGGUUGUGCAUUUGAUCA